AUGACAAUUACAGAGGCUAAAAUAAGGUUGAAUCCUCCAGAAAAUUUGGAGCGGAGUAAAUUUGGCGAAGAGUCUGAACUGAACGGUGUGGAUUUUCCACCCAUUAAUUUGUAUGAUCAUGCGGUAUUUGAUACAGGACCUCAUCCUUCUUCCGUUUGGAUCAACACUGCUAAUGGUAUGAAGGAAGGUUUCCAAGUGGAGGAAGAGCAGGAGACCACUUGUACUUAG